AUGAACUUCAUCUAUUAUUACUUAGUCACUGCUAUUUUGGCAGCUGUUGCUUCAGCAGAAGAAGGACCUGGUGCUCCUUAUACUCGUUAUGGCCCGAUCUUGGGAUUUUAUGCUUGUAAUUUAGAAAUCAGAAGAUCAGUUUCUUUUUGUAAGAAAUUGAAUUAUACUUGUUUAUGUUCCAGCAAAAAUGCUUUAGCCACAUAUGCAGGUUGUUUUGCAUACGGGAAUAGAAAUAAUACUGCUACAGUCAAUUAUUUGGCAGAAUAUUGUGAAGAAUAUGGUAAUGUCACAAUUUCUGAAAACUGGUUUGAAGAAUCUUAUCAAUAUUACCUCGAAAAUGGGAAAUAUGCUAACGAAAUCUCUGGUUUCAACAAAUCCGUCCCAAUUGAAGUCCCAUUCAAACUUCCAGAUGCACAAAUGGAAGCAUAUAAAGAAGCAUACAAACAAUUUUUAGGUAAUUAUGAUGAUUCUCUUUACUACGCAUCAUCUGCUUUAGGUUAUUGGUUGUUGAUUUUUAUCAUCUGUGCUAUUUCACAUUGGAGUAAAUUUUUAUUCCCAGGACUUACAAAAAAACUUACCAAUGGGCCAAUUAAUGCUUGGAGAAAAUACAUAUCUAUGCCAGCUACUUUUAAAAAGAAGAAGACUCAAGAACAAGUUUUUUUAAAAAUCUUUGAUUUUUUAAUUCCAUCCAGAUUUGAAACCAUUGUUAUAGUUAUUUUUUAUAUUUUCAUUCUUAUUAUCAACUGUAUCAAUACCGAAUAUGUGAAAAAUGACCCGGUAUUUGCUGAUAAGUAUCAUGCACAAAUGAGAUAUGUUUCAGAUAGAACAGGUAUAAUUGCCACUUUGAUGAUUCCACUUAUUAUUUUACUCGGUGGUAGAAAUAACUUUUUACAAUGGUUAACAGGUAUUAAUUAUGGUACAUUUAUGGUUUAUCAUAGACAUAUUGCUAGAGUUAUGUUUAUUUUGGUAGUCAUUCAUUCAGUUGGAUUUACAGUUCUUGUUAAGGAUUGUUUUGCUUCUAUUGCAGCUGAAACUUAUUUCUUCUGGGGUAUUAUUGCUACUAUUUCUGGUGGUCUUAUUUGGAUUCAAGCUAUGCUUUUCUUUAGAAGACGUUGGUAUGAAAUAUUCUUAUUGAUCCAUAUAAUGAUGGCUGCAUUAUUUAUUGCAGGUACUUGGAUCCAUGUUGAUGAAUUGGGUUAUAUCUGGUUUGUUUAUCCAGCUGUUGCUGUUUGGUGUUUUGACCGUUUGGUUAGAAUCGGAAGAUUGAUUGCUUUUGGUUUCCCUAAAGCUGAAAUUACAUUGUUGGCUAAUGAUACUUUAAAAGUUGUCGUUCCAAAACCAAGCUAUUGGAAGUCUAUUCCAGGUGGCCAUGCUUUCAUCCAUUUUGUCAAACCAACUUAUUUCUGGCAGUCCCAUCCUUUCACAUUUGUUGAUACUCCAGACGACAAGAACAUUGUUUUGUAUUGUAAGGUCAAGGGUGGUGUCACACACAGUUUAUACCAAUUAUUGGCCAAACAACCUGGUCAAACUACUAGAAUGACUGUUGCUGUUGAAGGUCCAUAUGGUGAAUCAACUCCUGCCAAAUAUGCCGACUCUGCUGUCUUCAUUGCUGGUGGUAACGGUAUUCCUGGUAUUUACUCUGAAGUGAUGGACAUUGCCAGAAGAUUGCCUGCUGAUUCUAGUAAAGUGUUGAAAUUGAUCUGGGUUAUCAGAGACUACUCGUCCUUGACAUGGUUCCACGAAGAGCUUGCAGCUUUGAAGAACACCAACAUUCACACCACAUUAUAUGUUACAAGACCAGAAGUGUCAUCAUCAAGUGAUGUCGAUAAGAAAUUGGAAGGCAAGGAGAGUAACGACGAAGAUAAGGAAUCAAUUAGAUCAGGAUUAUCACACAUUGAGUUUAAGGAAGGUCGUCCAUCUAUUGAAAGUAUAGUUGCUGAUAAAGUUGCCGAAUCAAGUGGAUCAGUUGCUUUCGUUACUUGUGGUCAUCCAGUCAUGGUUGACGAAAUUCGUUAUUAUGCUUGUCAACAAAUUGGAAAUGCUGAAAAUAAAAGAGUUGACUUCUAUGAGCAACUUCAAAUUUGGGCUUAG